AUGUUGACAUCAGUUUUUACUCUUAUGCUCGCGUUAAUAGGAACGCAGGCGAUAAAAGUAGAACUAUCAGAAGAAAAGACUCCUUACGAUUAUGUAAAAGAACGAUUAGAGACCAUUGGAACUGAACCGAAAUAUGGACUGCCGAUAUCUAGCUCAUACGAAGUAGAAGAAAGUGAAGAUUACCCUGAAGAAAUAAAAGGAGCGGCAUCAAAUGUUUUGAAUACAGUCGCUGGAGUUGGUGGUAUCGGACUAGGACAAGGAAUAGGACUCGGUGGCAUCAACGGCCUCGGUGGAAUUGGGAUCGGUCAAGGUUUGGGAACCGGUUAUGGUAUUGGACUCGGUGGCUUAGGAGUUGGUGGAGCUGGUGGUUUGGGAGGCAUCGGUGUUAAUGGACUUGGGGGAGUCGGUAAUUUGGGAAUUGGUGCCGGCGGUGUUGGACUCGCUAACGGCGUGGGACUUGGAAAUGGUGUAGGACUUGUCAAUCAAGGCUUAGGUGGCAUCGGAGUCGGUGGAAUUGGUCUAGGAAACGGUCUUUUGUACCAUCAUCCCCUAUUAGGCACUCAAGUUGGAGGUGGAUACGUAGACAAGAAUGCGUACGAUGCUGCUCAGAAGAAAGGAGCCGAUGAAAACGUUGAGAAAAUAGAAAAAAAAGCGGGUGAAGAAGCUAAACAUGGUCAAGAAGGAUUUCAACAAGCUGCUGCUGCCGCUAAGGCUGAGAAAGGAGAGUCUAGUUUCUAUAAAGAUGAAGAAGCGAAAAAAAAGGCAGCUGGAGAUGAAAAAUUCUAUCAAGGAGGCCAAAAAGUUGAUAAGCAAGGUGCUAACGAGGAACAAUUGAAAAAAGCAAAGAGUCACAAAAAAGGGCACGUCAGCAAGGGUUUUAAGUCUUCGAGUAGCAAAAAUGAGGAAGAGAAAUCCGAAAGUUUCUAUGACGAGGCUCACGAUGAAUCUGAUCAUAAGGUUGCUGGUCAUAACGCUGGAUCAUUUGGUGAGAAUUCACAGCAAGGAUUCAAAGGAGCACAUGAAGAAAAGAUUCUGGACGCAAAUGCGCAAGGAAAGGAAGGACAUCACGUGUCUGAACAGAAAAUUGAUGAUACCAAAGCCAAUAAGGGUGAAUUCCUGCAAAAGGGCUUCAAGGAAGGAACAGAAUUGUUGGAGAAAUUCAACAAUUUGGGAGCGCAGGCCGUCCACGGACAUCAAGAAGCAAGCGGUGGCUACCAACAGAACAAAGGGAUAUUGCCGAUUCAUUAAAGCGAAAAUGUAAAUUGCCCAUUCACUAUUAUUAAUGACGAAAUAUACCAAAUUAAACGAUG